AUGCCACACCACAAAUCAGACGAGUUAUCGGUCGCUGAUGCCAGAAAGAAGGUUCAUGAGGCAUCAACUUCGAUAUCUCCAACAUCAGCGCAAGAAAAACGCAGCUCAGCGUUUAUAAGUUUCUUCUCAUCGUUCCUCAGCCCCAAGAACCCGCUCGCUCACCCAGCAGACCCACGCAAGCACACUGUGUGGCUACUAGACAAUACAGCGUACCAGCCGGUAAAUGAGGAGACAGACGAGUACCAGCUGUGCUGGCAUGCGGAAGUAGUUGCCUGCAUCUUUGAAACAGAAGGCAGGAGAGACGUGGGCAAUCUCGUCGCUGCGAUCGCCGACUACAUCGGACUGGACGGCGAGGUGGGUGGCGACGACGAAGCACGCCGACGCAUCACGGAGCGCGUCCAGCCCUUCCUCAAUCACGUCUCACCAGCUCGCACAGUCACGCUGCAGGUGCCCAUAUCCCGGCCGGCACAGUCGCACGGACUCGGUCCAUCCGACCGAAACGGCAUCGUCAGCCAGACGGUCGAUAUGGGCGAAAUGAGGAUCUACGACGGGGAAAUUGUGCGGCCGCGGCUACAGCAUUUCGGCGAUGAGGCUGUGUCGAUGAACACAAAUUUUGCCGUGCCUGAGGGCUGGCUGAUUGUCUCGGAUAUUGACGAUACUAUCAAGCAUACUAAAACUCUUGAGCCGACGGGGGUUAUUCGCACGACAUUUGCGGAUGUCCCCGAGCCCAUCGCUGGUAUGCCGGAGUUCUAUAGAUAUCUUCAUGCUGAAUUUUCUCCUGCAUGGUUUUAUCUAUCCGCCUCGCCGUAUAAUCUUUAUCCUUUCCUACACGACUUUCUGGAUGAAUACUACUAUCCAGGUACGCUGGUGCUGCGUGAUUACUCGUGGAUGGAUAUCACGGGGCUUAUCAAGUCGUUCACUGAGAAGACACAGGAGUACAAGGUUGAUCGGAUGGAGAAGAUUCGGCGGUGGUUCCCACGUCGGAGAGUGCUUUGUAUUGGGGACUCGACGCAGCAGGACCCGGAGGCUUAUGCAGAGAUGUAUAGUCGGUAUCCCGAGUGGAUUCAUGCUAUCAUGAUUCGCAAGGUUACUGAUGUGGCGCAUAUGGAAGAGAAGAAUGAACCAGGGAGGUUUGAGGAGGCUUUCAAGUACGUACCGCGGCAUAUUUGGACAGUCUUCGAGGAUCCAGAGGAGUUAUAUGAUUUUGUUGAUGAGCUGGGUAUGGAGGACUAG